AUGAUAAGUUUAACGAGUGCCAAGUUGACAACAAAAUUGGACUAUACCAAUUCUCCACAUUCUCCUAAAUGCACCCAACAGAGCGAAUUGAAGCCAGUUGAAGUACUCACCGAAUCAUGUUACAAAUUCAAUCCCCAUCCCCUCAUCCCUGGCCAACUCGGGCAUGCCCACAAUCGUCUAGACAAAUACACAUGCUUACGUCUGCUCACAACCUCCACUUCGUCUCCCCAGCACGAGGCCAUCUGCAAGAUCCAAUUAAGCCAGACCAUCCUUAAAUCCCCUCUUCCACCUCUUGCCCUCAUCACCAUUCGGCCGGCCUAUCGUUGGACGGUGAUCUAA